AGAGCAAAUCGGAACUAGUCAGUAAAUAAACAUGUCGGAAAUUCAGUUUGCAGUGCGAUUAGGCUAAAUUUUCCUAAUUUAUAACCAACUGUUUGAAAAUUUGAGCAUGUAGUCGUGUAUUUUGACUUUUUUUUAAAGAUUGUUAUGAAGAUAAAUUAGUAAAAGAUGUGUGACCAUCGACAUUUAAGAUCACCUCCACCAGCUGGCAUCGUUGAUCAUGUUUCUUUUCUUUCUGACAAUCUCGGGGAGUUGGUGGAAAACUCAGAUUACAGUGAUAUUACUCUCGUUGUGGAAAAUGUACCAUUUCCUGCCCACAAAGUCAUUCUGGCAACAAGAUCAGAAUAUUUCAGAGCCCUCUUGUAUGGAGGGAUGAAAGAGUCUCAGCCGGGAACCACACAGGUUGAACUAAAGGACACAUCAGCAGCUGCCUUCAGCAUCCUUCUUAAAUACAUGUACAGUGGUCGUCUCAACCUGCUGGAAAUCAAGGAUGAAAAUUUAUUGGACAUACUGGGAAUGUCACAUCGUUAUGGUUUUGUGGAUCUUGAGACGGCCAUUUCUGACUAUUUGAAGGCCAUUUUGAACAUCACUAACGUCUGUCUGAUUUACGAUAUUGCAAAUAUGUACCAUCUUACAUCCCUGUGUCAAGUUUGUAAGGAGUUCAUCGACAGAAAUGCCCAAGACAUCCUAGCAAAUGAAACUUUCUUCACCUUGUCUCCGAGUUCUGUCAAAGAGUUGAUUUCAAGGGAUUCAUUUUGUGCUCCAGAAAGCACUAUAUUUAAUGCAUUGGUAAAGUGGUCAGAACACAACCAAGGACAGGACCCAAGUCCGAUUCUGCAGUGUGUGAGGCUUCCGCUGAUGACCAUGAAUGACCUACUGAACGUAGUGAGACCCACAGGACUUGUAUCAGCAGAUUCCAUCUUAGAUGCCAUCAAACUUCAGUCUGAGAGUCGAGACAUGGAACUGGACUACAGAGGUUCCCUAAUUCCAGAGACAAACAUAGCAACUCAGCGAUUUGGAGCACAGGUGAUCCGUGGUGAGAUGAAGAAUUCGCUACUGGACGGUGACUCUCAGAACUAUGACCUCGAUAGAGGCUUUACACGUCACCCAAUUGAUGAUAACUAUGGACAGGGUGUGGUGAUCAAGUUAGCCAGUCCCUACAUUAUCAACUGUAUCAAACUGCUGUUGUGGGACAGGGACAUGAGAUCAUACUCCUACUAUUUGGAAGUUUCUAUGGAUGACAAGGACUACGAGAGGGUGGUGGACCACAGUAGGUACCUAUGCCGGUCAUGGCAGACCCUCUUCUUCCAACCAAGAGUUGUCAGAUAUGUAAAGGUCGUUGGAACUCACAACACUGUCAAUAGAGUGUUCCAUCUGGUUUCUUUUGAAUGCUGCUUCACCAACAAACCAUUUGUGUUGGAACAAGGAUUAGUGGUUCCAUCUGAGAAUGUUGCCACAAUAACAGCUGGUGCUUGUGUGAUUGAGGGAGUGAGUCGCAGCAGGAAUGCCCUCAUUAACGGGGAUACUCGACACUAUGACUGGGACUCGGGCUACACCUGUCACCAGUUAGGGAGUGGGGCCAUUAUUGUCCAGCUGGCACAGCCUUACAUCAUAGACACCAUUAGACUGCUGUUAUGGGACUGUGAUGAUAGAAGCUACAGUUACUAUGUCGAGGUCUCUACCGAUCAAAAAUCAUGGUACUCCCUGGCCGACAGACGCAAGGAGCAGUGCAAGUCCUGGCAAGUUAUCAAGUUUGAGAAGAGGCCUGUUACAUUUGUAAAAAUUGUUGGAACCCACAAUACAGCAAAUGAGGUUUUUCACUGUGUUCAUUUUGAAUGCCCGGCAGAUGUGACUAACACUGCAAACAACAACAGUGUCCCAUCUCCUGCAAGUCCUCAGCCCGGGCCGAGUUCUGCCAGCUCCCCUUCCAGACCCAAUAUGCACCAAUCCCACAGUUCUGAGACUUACGCAAGUGCUGAGUACUGCCCUCAUGAGGCCCCUGAGGCUGACCGGGUAGACAGCAACAGCUCUCAUGAGUCAGAAAACUGAGUUCUUGUUUGAUGGAAUUAUCUGGAGAGGUUCCAAAUGGAGAGUGCAAUUUACUGUGAUUUUGUGCAUCAAGAAGAACUUGUUUUCUCUGAUUUGACACACUAAUGAUAAUUUAACAUUGACUGCUUUAUAUUUUAUAUCAUUACGAAACAAAGCACUUUAGAAGAAUGUAUAUCAGUUAUUAUUUAUUUUGAUGUUUAUAACGAGGGAAUGCCUUUGAAAACAUGUCUGCUCAUAUACCUGUAUUUGAAAAACUCUGGAUAAUAUGACUUGUAAAAAUUUAAGAAACAUCUGAUCUUAUGUGAGGAUGCUUUUGUGAGGAAGAGAUUAUUUUUGGAUGAAGUCUAAUGCCUCACAUGGAAGUGCACUUUUUUGAUAUUAAUACAUUGAUUCACUCUUUUCAUUCAUACAAAUUUACAAAAUAUGAUUCAUGGAUUUGGUGCGUUUAGAAACACUUCAGGCUUAUUGUUUUGUUACAAUACAUCUUAUUAAUAGCAUGUUCAAAAAUACAUGAACUGCAUAUACAAUACAGCUAUUAAAUCAUGUCAUCAGGCUAAAAAUAAAAAUUGAUUUGUUUGAUGUACUUCGACCGACCCGUCAAAUUUGCUCCUACCCGAUCAUAUUUUUCAGCAAUUUAAAAUUUCAUGUUUUUUUUUUUUUUUAUUUUUUUUUUGGUUCCCUUGAAAAAUAGAAAAUUCUCCUUAUUUUAAAACAAAAUAUUAAAAAAAUUUCAUGACAUUAAAAAAAACCCACCAAACACCUACCUACCGACCCACCUUAAAAAAUGUGGGUUGGAGUACAAACAAAAAUAUUUUUAAUGAUGGCCUGACAAACCACAAUCUUAAUAAUCUCAUUUCCAAAUUUUACAGUUUAUAAACUCCACAAAUAAGAUUUCAAAGAUGAUUGUAAUAUACACAUUCUUGUAAAUAUUUAUUUAAAAGUAUUACGAUUCAGAUUUUAAUUUGUUCCCCUAUACAUGUACAUGAUUUGUACAUAUAUUUGUACCUGUAUUUAAUCUGACAUGUCUUGUAAUGUGAAGUACUGUGGGGCACCUCCAGUGAUACUAGUAUACAACCUACAAUAUUGACUUUGAUUCAGUUUCAAUGCCAUUGUAAUAAACAAGAAUUGUGUAAAUACAAUGUACUUGUACUGUUAACAGUAAUUGUGGGUAUCAAAUUUGUAUCAUUUUCUUUCAAAACAAGGUUAGAUACCCACACAUUUUGUUAGAAUGAAACCCGAUGUUUUUUUUCUUUCUUGGUUGUUACCAAUAACAAAAUAAUGAUCAAUGCAAACAUGCUGACAGGUUUUGUACAGCCAUGCAGUGAUUGAAACAAAAUUAACAUGUUGUUAAUUACCAAUGUAAAGUUAUGUAUUUUGUUUUACAUUUAGAAUAUUAAAUAGCAGUUGUGUGCAGUGAAAAAUGUGAAAGAUUUUUCGUAUUAUGCAUUAAAUUGACUUUUUGAUUGAC